AUGAAGAUGUUCUGUCUUGUUGGGACACUGGUAGUUAGUUGUAUGUUAGUUGAGGUGUUGGGAACGUGUCAAGACCAAUCCGACAAUUGGAGAGAAUAUCAGAAAGCGUACGACAUCAAUGUAUACAAUCCUACACAUCGAUUCUAUACAGGAAAGAACUCAGGGGCUUCGGUUGGAUUGACUGGUACCUUCGUGAUCAAUGAGAAGACGUAUGAAGCACCAGCGGCAGCUACGAUACUAUUUCUUUUCACUAACGAUACCGUACCAUAUUGGUUUUCAUCAUAUUCAAUGAUUGUUUUUCUUCACGGUUAUGGAAGUCCAAUGAAGAUAUCUCUGUUCCACCCAAAUGGUACUAUUAGUGUACAGUAUCUUGGAAAUAAAUUUCAAUCGUUGUGUCGAAACAUAAACUGUCAACAUGAAGUGAACAUUGAUCCAAUGUCUACUCAUAAGAAAGAGUUAGUUGACCCAAGUGGAUGGAGCAUGUUUACUGCUAUCCUGGCUCCGUACCCGGCUGGAAAAGAAGGAACAAGGAAGGCAAUAUAUGAUUCAGAACUAAGAUGUAAAUUAGAUGGAGUUCUCGAUAAUCCUUAA